CAGCUGCCAGGCUCCGGAUGUUGUUAUUACAGUGCGUGAGAGGUCGGCAGGCGGCUGUUUGGAGUGACAGUACGCAGAAAUGAAGAAAUUAUUCCAGGGUUUAAAGAGUGACAUUAAAUUCAAGGCCGCGGGGCCAGGGCAUAAACUGACCGAGGAGAGCAAGGCAGAAGCCCCAAAGGCUAGCAAUGUACCUCCAAAACCAAGGAGUCCUCCCACUGGGGAGGCUCAGCUAGCAGCAGCCUCAGCAGCUAUGGCCAGGAUAGAGUCACAGGGCAGGGCCAAGGCACCAGCCAAGGACCCCAUCAGGGCUCAGGUGAGGAAAGAGCUGGAGGCAGCUCAGGUGAGUGAGGGGGCAGAAUGCAUCAAAAGCAACACUGAGAAAAAAAGUAAAACUGCAUCUGACAUUUGUAACAUCCUGUUUAAAUGCCCACUGACUGGUGACCUGUUGAAGAAAGAUGAGAGAGAGAAGCACAUCACAGAGCUCAUCCAAGCGUUGUCUGUCAGUGAUCCAGCAUCUGCCUCCAUCAUGAAGAUUCACACGUUUAACAAAGAUAGAGAAAAGGUCAAGGUGGGAGUAGAAAUAAUGACCAAGUACCUUGAUAACAUCGUUGGUCACCCUGAGGAAGAGAAGUAUCGCUCCAUCAGAAUGUCUAACAAAGUGUUCCAGGAGAAGAUAAGUCAUUUGGAAGGAGCUCAUGAAUUCUUUGAAGCUGUUGGGUUUGAGAGGAAGACUCAGCCUUUGCCUGGACAAGAGACCCAAGAUGAAUUCUUCAUUUUGAGCAGUGAGGCGCUGGAAAAGCUGGAUUUGCUUCAAACUUACAGAGAUUCUCUAAGCAGCGGAGAGCCACUAAGGGCCACUUUGGAACGCCAACCACGGGUCUUCACACCGUCAAUCCAGGCUGCACACUUUGAUCUCCCUGAUGACUUCUACAACCUGACAGCUGAUGAGAUUAAACGGGAGCAGAAAUUAAGGACUGAGGCUCUUGAGCGAAAUGCAAUGUUAAGAACCAAAGCGAUGCGAGAGAAGGAUGAGCAACGUGAAAUGAAGAAAUACAAUUACACCGUGCUAAGAAUUAAAUUUCCAGAUGGCUACAUUUUGCAAGGCAUGUUUUAUGCUCGGGAACGUGUUUCUACACUAUUUGACUUUGUCCGGCAGCACCUUCAGAACGAUUGGCUGCCAUUUGAGCUGAUAGCUCCUGGAGGCCAGAAGUUGGAAACCGAGGAGGCUGCAUUCAAUGAGAGCGGUUUGGUUCCAUCUGCCCUGUUAAUCUUCCGCUGGGAUGUAGCUGUCAUGACUGAUAUUAAGGCAGCUGUAGGACAUGGGCCAGAGAGUGCGCUGAAGCCAGAGCUGCUGUCAACUGCCGAGAACCUUGUUUAGAAGUGAACGUUACCUACCCUAAAGGAAUGCACUACUCUCCUCCACCAUAUAGAAAAGUCAUCUGCACGUAGUGUUACACAAUACAUUCUCAAUCAUGUAUUUUUUUCUUGGACCAGUAAAAAAGUACCAAAGGCUUUAUUUAUUAAGAACAUCUGAACAGAACGUGUGUCAAAUGUAAACACAUGGUUAUUCACUAAACUGUGAAAUCACCUGGAAAUCGUAAAGUUUAGGCAAAAAUUGCUGAACUGGAAAGUCAGCUAUAUUUCCAGCACAGUCAUUUUGGCCUUAAAGUAACAUACCAGCUCUCGUAACAACAUUAUGCCAUUAAAUUCCUGUUUGGUGUCUUAAAGUUCUGGGCAUCAUGUUUUCUUAUGUGGUUAUAUUAUUUUUGGAUAGUUUAACUUAACCCAUAGGUUGUCCUCCAAGCGUGUUUGCUCCGUUUUUUACUUUCCAGCACUAGUAAAGAAGAUUUUUAUUAUAAUUUUUUUAGCAUAGAUCGGAAACUUGUCACUGACUCCUGCAGAAAAAUAUUAAUUUCUGGUGCCAGUUGAGGACCCAAAGGGUCAAAGCAGACAGGCAAAGGGAGGUUAAACUGUUACACUUUAACCUCAUAAGGUAAGAUGGCAUCCAGGACCUCAAGAGCCCAUAACAUACAUUUUAGGUUGGAGUGCUUUUUUAAAUCUUCAAUUUCCUAGUGACUUACUGCCAAUUCACGGUUUUGUGAAUACCCCCUCACAGUCUGGUUUCAGGUACCCCUAGUGACAUAUUUGACAUUUCAUCCUAUGCAAAAAAAAUUUUUUUGUUUUUUUUGUUUUGUUUUUUCAAACUUAUCAAGACCAGUGAUGUUACAUUUAAUUCAAAUAUCACAAGAUUUUCUCGGUCCUGAAGGGAUUAGCUUUUGGAAUGGGCAACAUAAACCUGCAUUCGAAUAUUGGGUUUAGAAACUGUUGGAAAAACAUCUGUGAAGAAAACUAAAAAAGAGGAAUGAUUAAUCUGGUUCUUUUCUGCAAACAGUGUUACAUUGAAAGGAACACUAUAGUAUUCCUGACAGUAUAGUGUUAAACUAGUUAGGUGACUGGUCCUCCUGUGAUCGCAUGGGAAAGGUAUGUUGUCUUGCCGCGACUGGCUCCUCACUGGCUGAGUUAUCAAUUUUGAUCUCCGGCAAUCCAAUUCUUUCCUGUAGGAAAGCAUUGGGAGGCUAUUGCGUAUGCUCUUCAAAACACACACUGCACCAAUCAUCAUCUCCUCAUAGAGAUGCAUUGAAUCAAGGCAUCUCUAUGGUGAGUGUUCAAUGCCUCCAUGCUUGGCUUGAAGACUCUGAACAGCAGCCCUGGACUAUGAAGCAGGCCAAGUGGCCAUCUGAGUGACUGCACCUAGAGGUGUUAAUAGACACGUUCUCUGAAAAGGCAGUGUUUUACACUGGAAUGCCUCCAGGGACAUACUAUAGACACCAGAACUACUACAUUGAGCUGCAGUGACUCUGGUAAAUAUAUAGUGUCCCUUAAAUGUUUUUAAAAAAAAAUAAAUGGAGCUCUGACUGCUGUACAUUCUUCAUGUAGUACACGUGUAUUUGCAAUCGUGUUAUAGACUUAUGACUGUAUUCAAGCAGCCUAUAUGUUGGUAUGUAUGGCAUCUUUGGAAAAGCUAUCAGUACCACUCCAGACAAAUUAUAAGGUGGAAACAGAACACUAAAACCCGUGGUUAUACACUAAGAUGAGCUCUCGGAAUUUAUUAGGCUACAUGUUUAGUAUCCCAGUGAAUUCGCAAAACAGCUCACCGACUCAGUGUGUUGAUGCUCAUGGGAUAACAUACACUUGUUUUUUUGUUUUUGUUUUUUCCUUCAUUUUAUUGAGAAUUUUAAUUAAUGUCACUUUUAACAAAGUUGUAAUGUUGAAAGGUGCUUUAUGUAGUGAAAUCAGAAACAUGUUAGGAUCUGUCAGAUUUAAGUAUUUUAGGUGAAAGGGUUGAAAAAAAUGUGGAACCAAAACGAGUUUUUCUCAAGAUAUUUUAUUUACUGUGCACAAAAGCAAUGGUUAUAUAACAGAAAUAUAUAUUUAUUUUAUAUCUUUAGCCAUGUCACAUUUUGCUUAAACUGGGUGUUCUACUGAAGUCUAAAUUACUAAACCAAGUUUUAAUAUUUUAUGUACAGGAAUAAUUUAUUUGAUAUAUUACAAAAACAAAUAAAAUGUGCUUAUUCAUAACGCCACUUUGUUGUUUUCAGUAAGUACCAGGACUGGUGUGCUGUAAAACGAUAUUGAUAAAGC